AUGGCGGGAGUGUUUGACAUUGAUCUGGAGACUGAGGACAUCAGCGACACAGAGGAUGAUGCCUGUGAGCUGACUGUCGUGGAACCCGACAGCGCUCAAACCGAGGAGGUGGAGCUCACCAGUGAGAGCGUCAACAGAGACAGCGAGAGAGUCGGACCCGAUUGCUUCGAGCUCCUUAGGGUGCUGGGGAAAGGAGCCUAUGGCAAGGUGUUCCAGGUGAGGAAGGUUCAAGGGCCCCAAACAGGAAAAAUCUUCGCCAUGAAGGUCCUAAAAAAGGCAAAGAUAGUCUGCAACGCCAAAGACACGGCUCACACACGAGCAGAGCGGGAGAUCUUGGAGAAGGUGAGACACCCGUUCAUCGUGGAUCUGCUGUAUGCCUUCCAGACGGGCGGGAAGCUCUACCUCAUCCUGGAGUGUCUGAGCGGAGGAGAGCUGUUCAUGCAGCUGGAGAAGGAGGGCAUCUUCAUGGAGGACACGGCCUGUUUCUACCUGGGAGAGAUCACCAUGGCCCUGGGUCACCUUCACUCUAGCGGGAUCAUUUAUCGAGACCUGAAACCUGAGAACAUCAUGCUUUGUCAGCAGGGACACAUCAAGCUGACGGAUUUUGGCCUCAGUAAGGAGUCCAUUCAUGAUGGAACCAUCACACACACCUUCUGCGGCACCAUCGAGUACAUGGCUCCAGAGAUCCUCAACAGAUCAGGUCACAACAGAGCAGUGGACUGGUGGAGCCUCGGGGCUCUGAUGCACGACAUGUUGACUGGAUCGCCUCCUUUCACGGCUGAAAACAGGAAGAAGACGAUCGAUAAGAUCCUGAAGUGUAAAGUGAAUCUUCCUCCAUAUCUGACGGUCGAUGCCAGAGACCUGAUCAAGAAGCUGCUGAAGAAGAAUCCGUCUCAGAGAAUCGGUUCUGGUAAAGGUGACGCCGCUGAUAUCCAGAAACAUCCGUUCUUCAGGCACAUCAGCUGGGAGGAGUUGCUGAAUAAGAGAGUGGAGCCGCCAUAUAAACCCCAGCUGCAUUCAGAGGAGGACGUGAGCCAGUUUGACACCAGGUUCACCAGGCAGACGCCGGUGGACAGUCCAGACGACACCAGGCUGAGUCACAGCGCAGAGCUGGCCUUCGCUGGUUUCUCCUUCGUGGCCCCGUCGGUCCUGGAGAGCCUCAAAGAGGGGUUCUCAUUUGAACCUCGGUCGCGUCACAUGCGCCGCCACAACAGCAGCCCACGGACGCCCAUCAGUCCUCUGAAGUUUUCUCCUGCCGGACCCUUUAAGUCCAGCCUGGACGGGGAGCCGGACCUCUUCUCCCCCACGUCUCCACCUGCUGCUCCGCCUCGCGUCCCGCUGGAAAACGGAGCAGCCAGUCAGCCGAUCAAGACGCCUUCAAGGAACAAGAAGAAGAAAGACCAUCGGAGAUGAAGCAGCAAUCUCCCCAAGGUUCAUUUCUGCUCCUACAAACGGUUUCUGCCCAGCGAGCGCCCAGGCAGGAGGAGUUAGGAAAGUGGAUCAACAGAGAUGCGUCUGAAAGCGGGAAUAAUCAGAGGAAUUCUGCCUCUCCUGGGAAAUUAUCCGCAGAUCGGCUCCCAAUAAGUCCAGUUAACAAGGAAA